UGCUAACACAGGAUCACGUCUUACGGGGUAGACAGAGUCAAUGGCUGAUUCAUCGGUGGAAUUGAGAUUGAAAUUCAUUUCAAUGAACUUUUUUAUUUGAUGAAUAUGUGUACAAAUGUGGUGGUAAAAUAAAAAUAAAAGCAAUCAUACCUAACCAGACAUGUUCUGCCGAUGUGAAAAUAUUGUAUUUUUAACUUUUAAAUAUUUGCACGCUUCAAUGUGACGGGACUUUGUAACAUGUGUUAGAAACAAUAAAUAAAUAUUGUAUUAAUACAUAAAUAAAUAAAUAAAUAAAUAAUAUAUUAAUUGUAUGAUUAAUUCGGACUGAUCGCAUUGUGUAAUUAUAUUUUAAAGUAGUUGUUAUGACCAGUGAUACAUUUGCCGCCAUUUUUGUGAGUCCUCUAUGGUUUAAAAAUAAAGGAGAAUAAACGCUGUUGAAAUCGUCAAAAUGCUCGCUCCGCUCAUGGUGCUCGCGUCGCUCUCGCUCGCGUUCGCCGCUCGCUCGUGCCCCUCCCAAUGCGCGACUUUUAUGCAGUUCGCUGACGGCCGGGAAGGAUGCGAGUGUCCGGCUGGUAACGGAACAGUUACUGUCUAUUUGUCUGUGGGAGCUGUUGAGAUUGUGUGCUUGGAUAACCUUAUAGAUCUGAGAUGUUCAGACAUACCUGAAAUCCCACGUUUCGGCUCACUGACGAAACUGAAAGUGACCGAUUGUGGACUAAAUGGACCAUUAAAAUGCUGGCUGGGGAAACUCGGAGUAAAAACUAUAGACACGUUGGUCCUUAGUGAUGUUAAAACUCCAUUGGAAGAAGAACAUAUCGUUGGAUUGGUUGAUAUUCACACGUUGCGCAUGUAUUAUGCUAGUGCCCAGCGGACACUUCCAGUGUCGGCAUUAACCGCAUUACCGAAUCUGCGCGAGUUUAGAAUACGUGGUGCUAACAUAUCAAGUCCGUCGCCCCUGAGGAACCUCCCGUUGACAUACUUGGAGGUCAGUGGCGAGAUUCAGCAUUUAGCUGACGGGGCGUUUGAGCUGAAACAGCUGGAGUUUCUGCAGCUAUUCGGAAAUGGAAUUGUGGAUGUGAAGGAGGACAAUUUCAAAGGUCUGUCUUCGUUAAAGAAUCUUAAUCUCGACCACAAUAAAAUCAGCCGGUUUCCAUUGAGGGUCUUCAGUAACAUGCCUCGUCUUGUGGAGCUCUCAUUUGUGGACAAUGCUGUGAAGCAGAUUGACAGUGAAGCGUUCUAUGGCCUCCGGCAGUUGAAAACUAUAAUCGCCUUCAACAACGCAGCUCAAUUGAAUCUCGCCCCCCUCGCCUUAGCGAAUCUCCCAUCCCUUGAAAACCUCAAAUUAGACAACUGUCAAAUACCGAAUCUUCCGUCAAAUUUAUUCACAAAUUCUACCAAACUGAAGAAUAUAUCUUUAAAGGAGAAUAAAAUAAUAAAUCUACCAGAGGGUAUAUUUAAAGAUCAACAGUUGCUGGCAACAUUAGAUUUGAGCGGGAAUAUGAUUGAUGAGUUGCCAGAUAGAGUGUUCUCGUCUUUGGGAAGCCUAGUGGAGUUGAAUUUGGACGGAAAUAAUAUCGCAAGACUGCCUGGGGAAAUCUUCAACGAUUUAACCAAUCUCCAAUCAUUGCGUGUCAACAAUAAUCAGCUGUCACACAUCGCUGACACGGCCAUGACACGAGCGCUGAGUCUUAAACACAUAUCCUUAUCUAAUAACAAAUUAUCUUUCCACCCGGAUUCGAACCCUGGACAAUAUUUCGAAAUACCACAGUCUCCAUUCAGGAUGUUACACCGCACUCUGGAGUAUUUGGAUCUGAGUGGCAAUAAUGUAACAGAAAUUUUGGAGGAUUGGAAAUUAGUGUUGAUUCGUGUGAAAACGCUGAAUUUGUCGAGAAACGGCAUCACGGAGUUGGCCGAUACCGACACACAAUUCAUUUCAAACCAAACCGUAAUAGACUUACGCCACAACAAAAUAACAAAAGUCGUUUUAAACAACCCGUUUUUUAUACCGAAAGGGGAACUUAAGACGGAAACCCUACACUCCACGAUACUUUUGGACGAUAAUCCUUUCGUAUGCGAUUGUUUAAACGAGAACUUCUUUUCAAAGUUACACAAUAACUUCCCAUACUACAACAUUAUACCUAAAUUCGAUACGGGCCGCGCCAGUUGCGUAAAACCAUCGCGUUUAAAAGGAGAAUUAGUCGAUAAUAUCGAUCCAUCGAUACUCACGUGUCGCUUAGAAGAAAAUUGUCCCGAGGGCUGCUCUUGCGACAUAAGACCUUCGACAAAACACAUCGAACUAACUUGUAAUGAUAUUCCUAAAAGCUUACCGGAUCCUCUCAAAUAUCGCGGUUACGAAGUCAACAGCACAGAAUUGACGCUCAAAAGUGUACCAAGCAAUUUGGACUUGCCGAAUCACGUCGACAGAUUAAUAUUACGCGAUUUACACUUAAUAAACAUGUUGACAAUACCCGAUUCUGUUAUAUAUCUAGAUCUGACUAACAACGAUUUAUUCGAAAUACCAACUGAUGUUUUAAUGAGAAAUAUAACUGUGUUGCUUAGUGGCAAUCCGUUUUUAUGUGACUGCGGACACGAUGACGCUGUGGCGAUACUACAGAGUUAUAAAAACAAUAUUUUAGAUGGAGAUACUGUGCGAUGUGAGAAUCAACAGUCGCCAUGGCCUGUAGAUGUUCCUAGACUAUGUUCAGUCCAACGUGCCGCGAUACUCGGUGGAUCGUUAGCCGUAUUAAGUAUAAUUCUCAUUAUCAUAGCAGGCUUAUAUUAUAGAUAUUCGUUACAAAUAAAAAUAUUCAUAUAUUCCUGCGAGAAACUAAGAUGGUUGAUCGCUGAGGAGGAUAUAGACAAGGACAGAAAGUACGACGCCUUCAUCUCUUUCUCGCAUAAAGACGAGAAAUUCGUCGCUGAAAAACUGAUUCCGGUUCUAGAAAGUGGGUCUAGACCUUUCAAACUGUGCGUGCAUUAUAGAGACUGGAUUGUCGGGGAGUGGAUACCGGCUCAAAUAGCAAGUUCGGUGGAACAAUCUAGAAGAACAAUUAUAGUACUUUCGAGAAGCUUUGUCGAAUCAGUUUGGGGCACUAUGGAGUUUAGAGUAGCUCAUAAAAGGGCUCAAGAAGAAAAAAUGACAAGAAUAGUCGUGAUUUUGCUGGAAGACGCGCCGCCCGACGGCGAAUUGGAUGCGGAAUUGCGGGCGUAUCUCUCGACUAAUACUUACGUAAAAUGGGGGGACCCUUGGUUUUGGGAAAAAUUGAGAUAUGCUUUAGCCGGUGGACGGGUUGGAGCGAAACCCAAACCAGAAAAGAAGCCUAAAAGUGUGCUCAAUGUUAGACUGAACAGCAGUGGACAACUCGUUAAUGAUACAAAAGAUUAUCUUGUCUAAAGGUGUGCAGUGCGCAUUUAUGUAUGCUAUACAAUUGGACUGGACGGUAAGUUACAUAUGGGUUUCGAGUCUUGCGAGUCUUGCCUCUGUAUGUAAGCUAUAAAUAUACAACUGAGAUACAUAAAAAACAUGAAAAUGAGAUAAAAAAUAGCAUUAAGAUACAAACAUUGCUUUCGUGACAUAAUUAUGUGUCGCACUGAUGCAAAUUGGAAAUAACUUAGUGGUGAAAUAGCUCAACGAGCGCAAACAUUGAUUUUCAUCACCAUAAAAGGCACGAAAGACCGCGAUAAACAUCCAAACAAACCCACUACUGGUGGUGGUGUUGUACAGCGGCUUCU